AUGUAGAUUCAAUUUUGUGAUUUAUUAUAUUAUCUAGCAGACAUUAACAUAAUAUAGCAAAGCUAGUUGUACUCAUUUCUUAAGAUUAACUAAGGAACAAUAUCUUGCAAAAAAAUAUUAAUCAGAGUAAAUGUACUCAGUGAAACUUAAAAAUUUUGUAACAAUUAAUUGGAUUAAUCUUAAUCAACAGAUUAUAUUGGCUGGUUAUUAUGGUUACACAGGUAGUAACAUCAGGUGCAAAAAUACUUUCAAAUAAAUAUAAAUUGAAAGCGAAGCUUACUACUUUAUGAUAAACGACAAGAUGCUGGGCCACGUAAUUGUAUUUCUAUCUAUUAAAUCCAUAUUUGUAUAUGGAUUUAGUAACAACGCUGAUGAAGAUUAUUCGUUCAAUCUAUAUGAACAGAACUGUGUGUGCGUUCCAUUUUGGCAAUGCAAAGAUGACUUCAGCGGACUGUUUGAAGAAGGAAUGGCUUUCGCAGAUACGAGGACCAUGCAUAAUUCUUCCGGUAAAACUUGCCCCGGUGAUUUCGACGUGUGCUGCAAACUAGACUGUGGCAAGAAGAGAAACAUUCCCAGCAUCAACAGUCGCAAAAUGAGACCCAAUAACGGUUUAGGAUUUCGAAUCUUGGGUGCCGACAGUGAUGCUGAGUUCGGGGAGUUUCCAUGGAUGUUGGGAUUGUUGGAUGGAAACGUGUACAAGUGCGGCGCAUCACUGAUACAUAGGAAGGUAGCAAUAACAGCUGCUCAUUGUUUGGGAAGGUAUGGGCGGUACUCGCUUAGGGCGGGAGAGUGGAACUGGGAGUCUAAGACCGAGCCUUUGCCACAUCAGGAUAGAAAAGUUGUGGAGGUAAUCAUACAUCCAAGAUACGAUCGCAAUUCACUAGCUAAUGACAUAGCAAUACUUAUAUUGAAUGAGCCUUACCAGCUUUACGAAAACAUUGGUGUGAUAUGCCUCCCAAAAAGACCUGUAAUAUAUGGCGAAAAUUGCAUCGCUUCUGGUUGGGGGAAGAAUAUGUACCAGACUGGUACGUACCAGUCGAUUCUGAAGAAGGUGACACUGCCAAUAGUGCCGCAUGAGAAGUGCCUUAGAAGUUUGCAAGAGGCGAAACUGGGACCAACUUUCAACCUUCACAAAAGUUUUCUUUGUGCCGGUGGUGAACAGAAUAAAGACACAUGUAAGGGUGACGGGGGAAGUCCAUUAAUUUGUCCAGUAAAAGGUGAACCGAACCGAUAUGAGCAAGUUGGCAUAGUUUCUUGGGGUUUGACCUGUGGGAUCUCCAAUGCUCCCGGGGUGUAUGUGAAUGUUGCUCUUUAUGUAGAUUGGAUAGAUCGGGAAAUGGAGCUCCAUGAUUUGGACAGUGAUGUCUACCGAUAUUAAUAUAUUGUAUUUGUGUAUAAAAUAUUUUAAUACAAUUAUUUUAUUAA